AGCCUCCCACAUGAAGCUGAAGCCAGGAAAUUGUGGUUGCCUAGCAAGUUUCACAUCCACGGUGCAAAGUUUGGAGACGUGUUGUUCGGCUGCUGUUUGUGUUGUAAACUACAAACUCACACCAACUAUUUCAAAACACACACUAUUUCUCCGUCGAGGUCCAGGUGGUAACGCUGACGGUGCAAGAUGUCCGUCGCAGGAUUUAAGAAGCAAUUUUACAAAGCAAGCCAGCUGAUGAGUGAGAAGGUUGGAGGAGCAGAGGGAACCAAGCUGGAUGAAGACUUCAGGGACCUCGAAAGGAGAGCAGAUACCACCAGCAAAGCAGUAGUGGAGGUCAUCAAUAAAACAUCAGAGUACCUCCAGCCCAACCCAGCAACAAGAGCUAAGCUUUCCAUGCUCAACACUGUGUCCAAAAUCCGAGGACAGGUGAAUAGUCCGGGUUACCCUCAACCUGAGGGCCUCCUGGGAGAGUGCAUGACUAAGUAUGGACGGGACAUGGGCGAGGACACCAACUUUGGUGGGGCUCUAAUAGACAUAGGGGAUACAAUGAAGAGGAUGGCCGAGGUCAAGGACUCUCUGGAUAUUGAUGUGAAGCAGAACUUUAUUGACCCACUGCAGGCAGUCGCCGAGAAGGAUAUCAAAGACAUUCAGCACCACCUGAAGAAGCUUGAGGGCCGCCGUCUGGACUAUGAUUAUAAAAAGAAACGUCAAGGUAAAAUCCCAGAUGAAGAGAUCCGACAGGCUCUGGAGAAGUUCCACGAGUCCAAAGAGAUGGCUGAGAGCUCCAUGCACAACUUGCUGGAAACAGAUGUGGAGCAGGUGAGUCAGCUGUCUUCUUUUGUGGAGUCUAUGCUGCAGUACCACAGACAGGCCACGCAGAUCCUGGAGGAGCUUUCUGACAAACUGAGAGAAAGGGUGAAUGAUGCUCAGAACCGUCCAAGGCGUGAAUACACACCCAAACCCAGACCAGCCUUUGACUUUGGAGAAGUAGAACAGUCUAACGGAGGAUACUCACCUGCAGCAACAAGCCCUCCAGCUUACUCUCCUGCCCCAGUACAAAAUCGAGGUCCAUCCUUCCAAAGAAGCUCCAUCAAGAGCAGGCCGCCUGAGCCAUGCUGUAAAGCCCUGUAUGACUUUGAGCCAGAGAAUGAUGGAGAGCUGGGCUUCCACGAGGGUGACAUCAUCACCUUGGUCAGUCAGAUCGAUGAGAACUGGUUUGAGGGAGCUCUUCGCGGAAAAUCAGGCUACUUCCCCAACAACUAUGUUGAAGUGAUGGUGCCUCUACCACACUGAAAACAGCAAGGCAAGGGGGAGACAGCAGAGGAUGAGAGGGGGUACAAUAGAGGAUUGUCAUCUUUCAGUAACCAAAAAAUAUCUUUUAAUUGUAAUUAAAGGGUUAACAUCUCAAGACAGGGACCUAAUUUUUGUAUGCAGGAGUUAUUUGAGAAAAGCUUUUUCAUUAUAUCAAGAUUUGAUGGAUUUUUUUAAAAACAGGAUGGACGGAUGUUCAAUCAGAAAAACAAUGGCGUAACAUUGGGGUGCAUUUACCAUAUCUUUAUAUUCAUUCUCUAUGCACCUGUGCACUUUGUACACUACACCUCCAUCACCUAGGCUGAUGAAGAAAGAUUGAGAGAAAGACAUCUGUCAGGCCCGGCAGUAUCCACAAACACUAAGAAGUGCAACUACUUUAUCAUGUUAUUCUGUUUCAUAUUCACAAUAUGACAUUUCUUAUGCUAUGUAUUGUUCAUAUUGGUACUGCACACAUGCAUGUAUACACAUGCAUUUUUCUAAGCACUGUUUACUACACUCCCACUUUUCACCUCUGUGCCUUCAGGCUUCAGUACUGUUGUCAUCAUGGGCUCAUCGGAGUCAACAUGGAGGGCUGGCUGCCUUUUGCUGAUGUUUAAAUCUAUCCUCUGCUGCCAUCUGGUGGUGCUACAGAUGAUUCUUAGGUAUUUGUUUGAGUGGCACUGUCAUAUGGCUGCUGUAAGCUCUUACCAAUCCAUAUUGGGUAGGCUGUUGUAGGUUUUAGGUAGAUAUGGUUUGAAAUAGAUAUUUGGAGCCAGUCAGUAGAUAAAGAGACAGACUGCUAUUUGUAACUGUAAUUGCAGUUUUACAAACAUUAACUAAGUUUAUUCUAGACCAGAAAGUUGUUAAAGAGUUUAUAUCUAAAGGGUUGUAGGGUUUGAUACAUACACUACACGUAUCACACUAAUUGUUGUCUACAAAUGCUUUUCAAUGCGCACCACCUGCCUGUCUUGUAGAGUUGAUGCCAAAGAAAGGUUGCACAAAUUCCCAAAUUGCCUGAGGCUGCUGUUUGGCUUUAAGAUGUAUGUUUCAUGCAGCCUAUAAAGUGUAAAGAAUUAAUAUGAUUUAAUAAUUGAGAUGAUUAUUUGUGAACAUGUAGUUUUCCCUUUUAUUUACUUGACAGAAGCAGACAUUUGUUUCCAUUAAAGUUCAGCUCACACUAAUGAAACAUGAUUUUCCCCCACCCCAGAUCAUUUGCAGCAUUACACCAAAGCCAUAAGCAUACAUCCUUCAGCCCCUCUAUUUUCUCAGGCUCUAUUGAUACUGCUGGCAGUGUCACUCACAAUGUUUUGUGGGCUUUUACCUAACUGUUUAUCAAUGAAUUUUCAGUCUGUGAUAUGUUUUCCCCCCCAGCGCUGGGGUAAGCUUGGCUUUAGUACUCUAACCUAUAAUUUGGAGCAUGGAAAUUAAUCUGAUGUGUAUUGGGUGUUUUUGUACCUGCCUCAGAUUUCAGGCUGAAACUGUGCACCAGACCUGACAGAAAAUGCUAGCUCCCAACUAUUGUGUUCAGAAUUUACUAAUAAUGAGGAAGGUCUUUCUACAAUGGCUGCUUUCGGUUUCAUUUAAGCCUGUUACAAGCAGACUAUGAACUGUGAGGGUUUGUGCUGUUCACUAAAAUGCCAACUUUCUCCUCUUGUCAUGAUCCCCUUGUUAGACCGCCCCCACCCCGCUCAUCUCUCCCAUCUCUAUUUAAACUGGGAGCGGAACAGACAGGUCUUUUCAGCAGGGAAGGGCACACAGCAGUGGAUUAUACCCUCCCUCCCCCUACUAGUUUUUAUUCACCACCUGCCCCAGUACCCCUACCCACCCCCCUUCCUCAUUAUCUGCGCCAUCCCAGUCCCAUGGUGCCUCUGGAGCUCAGUCUCCUGGUCCAGCCAUAGAAUAAUCUCAUUGUUGUCAUAGUACGCGCCUCUUAAUGUUAUGUUUGCAUGUCUCCUAUGUUAUUCAUGUUAUGUAUAGGGCUGAGGGGUUUUGGCUGUGCUGAAUGAUAACUGUGUGGUUCAGGUGUGUGUUUUCAUGCCUCAUUACACUAAAUCAAAAAGCCCAGAGUUUGAGAGGGGAAAGGAGGGUCAGGGGCUCAGGUUGAGCUAUUAUGCAGCUUGUAUAAUAUUGAUGAUGAAUAAUGUCGUGGAACAAAGGACUAAGAUCAAUUUUUGUGUGCUGCUGCUGUCACAGCUGAAAUAGUUGUCUGACUGCGGCAUUUGACAUUUAUUGAAGCACUACAUCCUGUGAUGGUUGGCUUUGCACCCAUACCCAGAUAUGUCCCAACUCAGUAAUAUUAAUAAAUGAAGUAUUAUCAGCCUUUAAAGCUUUAUUUUAUUUUGUACAAUCUUAAUGAAAUUAAGUCUUAAAAUAUAACCGCUUUGCAUGUGUCGUCAUUACAGCUUCUCUGUCCUUAGGCGCUGCCUUAUUUUUGUAACUGUGACACUGUGGGGAGACUAAGAGUGGGAUUAUCCUGGAUUAUCUUUAGGAUAUAUGUCUUACCUCUGUACUAAGUGUAAUCUUAUAUGUAUUGUAUAUUUUUGUUAUUUUGUAAAGGGGAGUGGAUGUUUGCUUCUUCAAAAUAAAUGAUAAAGUAAUUUGG